UAAACGUCGUAUGGAUCGCCUGUGAGAAACGAGCUACUUCUACGGAAAGUGAAAAGGGACAAAUGUGAUCCAGUCUUUGAACUGGCCCCAACAGGGAAUUAAAAAACAACAAACAGAGGAGGAUACAGGUCAAAAGGGAAAGCCAGGAGCAUCUCUGAGCAGAUGCUCCUGUAUAACCUGAGCUGUUUAGAUCAGACAAUGUCAGGAAAGAUGUGCAGCAGCAGCAGCAGUGUUAUUCAGGCACAAAAACUGGUGGAUCAACUUCGGGUAGAGGCAAGCAUGGAGAGAUUCAAGAUCUCUCUGACAGCAGCAGAUUUAGUCCAGUACUGUCAGGAGCACAGGCGCAGUGACCCCCUGCUUACCGGCAUAGCUGCUUCAUCCAAUCCCUUCAAAGAUAAGAAGACCUGUUUGAUUCUUUGACAGCUCCCAGACGGCGCUGUGAGGAAAACCUCUGUCCGAGAACGCAACCACGAACAUGUACUGUGUAAAAGAUACUACAUGUCCUCAUCUGGAAAAUCAUGAAAGAAUCCACGCACUUGAUUUUUAGAACUUUUAAUGCUGUCUUCUGUGGAAACAGUCUCUCAGCAUGUUUGUAAAUGGAUUUUUGGUCAAUAGUAAAAACACACACAGCAUAUGGACACAAAUAAUAACACUUUCCUGACUGUAUUCAAUUAAAUAGCUAUAGAAAUACAAUCAGUUUGUCACAGAGCAAUAAUUAGUUUACUGUACAUGAAAUGUUUAAGUAAUUAUUCUUGUAUAAUGCCAGUUUACAUAUGAGAUUCAAUAAAGGUAUUAUAAUUACAAA